UUUCCUCCAGUUGUCCAACAUUGGGUUGAGAGGGCGUACCCCCCCGCUGAAGCGGCGUAUGUUGAGGGGUUAAACAAUGAGGAUUUGAUGAAUUCGUCUAUAUCAGAUUCUGUGACCCUACCUCGCCGGUUGGUAGAGAUACGGCGCCGGUGGGUGCGUGAUAACACCCAACUUCAUGAGGCCCGGGUCAUUAUCCAAGAACUGAGGGAUGACAAGCAUCGCCUCGAAAGUCAACUGCAGACCGCUGGGUUGAAAGAGGCCCGAUUUCUGUCAGAGAAGAAUAAGGCCGAGGAGGAUUUGCGGAGGGUAACUGAACAUCUCGCUGAGGAAAGGAUCUUAUGGGCCCGCGAUAUGGCGGAAAAAGAUAGGGUUUUGGCUCAAGCGAAAAAUGUACAAGAGGAGUUGGAACGCAAGGCUGUGGCAGAGGCUCAGAAGGUUCAGGAGCGGUACCAGGAUUUGACAACCGAAGUAGAGACCUGUCAUACCAAGAUCCGACUGAUGCAGGGAGAGUUGGAGGAGCGUGAGGCAAAAUUCAAGGAGAUGCAAGAUCAUUGUGAUUCCCUUGUCACCCAAAACAAUAAGCUUGCUGCAUCGUCGUCUUCAAAGUUAAGGGAGGUGGAGGAUGCGCUGGCACAAUCCCAUGCAGAGAUCGAUGAUUUGACCAACCAGCUAGCGGCUAUGCGGGGAGACAGGAAUUGGUUGAUAACUAAUGGGCUAGUGGGGGCGUUCGAAUUUCUGCGUGAGUCGUCCCACUUUACUAGCCUGAUUGACCGUCUUUCCGCCGCUGCCUACCAAGCUGGUCAUCAUGAUGGUGUACUUAAGGGCUACAUGGACUACCAGCAAGCGGAAAGAGUCCCGCCGGACUUCCAAACCCUCAAAAAUAAGUUACAGGCUGAUAUGGCGAAGGCUCUUGAAGCUGCGUACACCGAACCUCUACCUUGCUAUGGCGAUCUGAUGGAUAAAGUUAAUGAAGAUGGAAUAGACUCGCUACGUCUGAUGCUGGACCCUGCGGACGAGUCCGAAGAAGACUGA